AUGGGUAAGCUAAGCGAGCCCCCAGCCGACGGUUGCUACGGCGCAGAUCCGGCCCGAUGUGAUCCAGUUAGUUGCAUGCGCUUUGACAAUCGAGAAAACGGUCGACUUGAUGAUUUGCAACAGCAACAAUUUCCCCUUCACCUUACCUCCGCGGCUACGGUGGCUGCAACCGCUGCAGUGGCUGCCGUGACUGCAGCAGAUAGACAGUGGAGGCUGAUUGAACAGGAAAAGGUGCACUCAAGAAGAGCAAGUCGAAAACUCCACAGGCCAAAUGGAAUCAAAUCAGUGCGACAACUAUUUUCCCCCAGUAAAGCUGUUCUCCAAGCAACGAAAGAUAUUGAAAGUAACUCCACUGAACACAGUUCCCAAUCACGAAGUAGUAGCAAUAGCGAUGCAGGAUCCGGUAACCAUGCUAGCUCUCAUUCCGGCUCAGAAAGCGACAAUGAAUUAACCGGACCGGACCAACCUUUCUAUCACGAUGCGGUUAUGUUUGAAUCGGGUGAACUGCUUAUCCGGGAUCAACACCGAGGAAAGCAACAAGAUUCGAAACGAGCGCAGGUAAACACACCGGGAAAACAGAAUAGACGAAGUAGCAAAGCGAAAUCGGCAGAAAUGCAGCAUUUGAUUAAGUGGAAAAAUGUGAUUCGCAAAGGUUUGAUGGAGGCAUGUAAAGUUUUGUCUCUGAUUGAUAGUCGAAUGGGUGACAGACAAACACGUGUUGUAUUUUGCAUCAAUGCAACCGGUGGGCUUCCAUUGUCUCCAGCCUCGUUGAUCAAACUAGCUACGUUUGUUCGUCUCAUCGAUCGAUUAGCCAUGCAACCCCCGUCAGGUGGAACAAGCAAUGAUGUCCCAGUCUUGUUUGCUCCCUAUAAACCGAACUCCGAGGACAAUUCGAAAGAAACCAAAAACUUGAAUCCGAAUGCCUCUCCAACAACAUGGACACCAAAUAUUGUUGUGCUUUUGGUCUCACCAGUACCCCAUGUUCUUAUUGGCACGGGAACCCAAUCCGCACCGCACACGACAUUUCCCUCACAAUCCGGAAGAGACCGGUCCAAAACUUGUGCAUUCCUAAACCCCAAUUUCCCUUGGACUAACUUCAAACUGUGGUGGUCAAUCCAUCAUGUGUGUCAUUUGCCCAUCUAUCUGGAAGAGGAGCCAUCGGGACAUCGAAUUUUCGAACCCGUUACGGCGCAAUCAGCUUCCGGUUCACCUCUAGUUCCACAAUCAUUCUUUCCAAACCCCGCGGGCAAAGGUUCCAUGUUCGAUCUGUUUGUUGGCUCCCAUGAAUUAUCCGAUUUGAAUGCAAAGCGGCUACGACAGUUAAUGACACAGAUUUCAUUCAUGGGAAGGAUGAUCAAUAUUGAACGACUUCAAGUGGAACACCAAGGACUGGUUCGCAUAGACAGCGGUCUUUGGUCCGGUGACGCUCUCAUGGGUGCGUUGGUGACAUGGCUUUGUCUGUUGCAACACUGGCCUUUUCAUGCUGCCUGGUUGGCUGUGUUCAUUGAGCAGCAUUUACGCGGUCGAGAUGCCGGUGAUCUCUCGGGAGGACCAAUGUCCACUCCGAGGCGAGUGGCCAAAAGUGGAAGCGGAAAUCUCAUCACCGCUUCCGAAGGUGACGGAAUUGAACAACUCACUUGGAGCAGCACCCUUUCACAACUCCACGCUCGCAUAUUAAAAAGACUUGCACCGGCUGUGGAAGUAGCCCGCAUGAAGGCUAUGUCCGUGUCGCUUGGCGCUUCACAACCCGGAUCCGAGUUCAACACACGACACAUGGCCAACUACCCACCUCAUGUGACAAGUACGCUAGAAAUCUGUGAUCUGGCAAUGCGUGAUAGAGAUCCGCGUCGACUGGUUGAAUUCUUGCAGUCGCUCAACACUGAUCAGACCGGUGUGAGCGACGCGUUCGACUUGCGCGGACCGUUCCAUUCCCGUGUGCAUAGUCCAUUUCUGGCCGGACUGGUUACAGUGCGACAAUUGUUAAGAGUGAUGCGCCUGACUCCUCUGAUGAAUCCGCAGAUAAACCAAUGGAUUCGAGGUAGGUAG